AUGUGAAGUGAAGACUUUACUUUUCCACAAACAACAGAGUAGCAACCCAAGCCUUGGAGAGGAUCCUGUGUGCCACAGUACUGAGCAGUCUGGAACUGAAAAAGAGACAGACAGAGAGAAAGUGAGAGAGGAGGGUCCCUGGAAUUGGGGAGUUGGAUAGACACAGAGAAAGACACAAGAAAAAGUUAAAAGGAAGAGUGAGAGGACGAAAGAUUUGGAGGGGAGAGACUGUGUCCUCUCUCGUCUCCCCUGUAUCUCUAUAGGAAGCUAUGGCGGAUAACAGCACUCAUCCUAUUGUGGAAAUACUGGAGUCCUUCGGAUUGAGGGAUGUAAUUCUGGCCUUCUGUCUUUCUAUGGUUGUUGGUCUUCUGCUGGGAGCUCUGGUCUAUGUGAUGUUGAUCUGGAUGUCUCGUCGACGGGCAUCAGCCACCAUCACACGUGUACCCAUUCACCAAUCCCGCUCCACCACUCGUUCAUCCUCGCCACGCUCUCGGCCAGGUUACAGUCGACACAGCAGUGGCUAUGACCAACGCAGCAAUAACAAUCUGGCCAGCGCCGCCUUCUCCUUCCAUCGGCAAACCUCACCCUCACUGAUAGACUAUGGUGACUCACCAGGACGCAAGUCGAGCUUCCGGGCCUCUACUUUUCAUCCUCUUCUCCAGUGUAGCCAGAUUGCUCGUGAGGCAGAAGAGGGUGCCCAAGGCAGCCUGCCACGGACCCCCAUUCUCACUACCAACCCCGGGGCAGCCGGAUCCACCAGCACUGUCAGUUCCAUGGUCACUCCACCCCGGGCCAGAACCAGACCGGAUUCCUUCUGGGGCAACAGCAAUCUAAGGGCCUUAAAUGCUGGCCAGACUCCACCACCUGCCUAUGAGAGCAUCAUACGAGCCUACCAAGAGACGACCACGUGAAGGAAGGGGAGAUGCUACAGUGAUGGGGGAAAAUAAAUGUAUUAAUAGACUUGGACUAGAACAAUUGGACCACUGAAAUAUGGAUGUCCUACACCUUAAACUGACAUGGCCAGUUUUUCACUGUGUAUAUGUGAAUAGUUCUGUUUUUUGUACUCUCUUAAAAAUAAAGGUUCUUUAUUAGCAUCUGGUUCCAUGAGGAACCAUAUCCAUGGAACUUUCCAUUGAACCAUAAAGUUAUAGUGGAAAAAGUUUUUUUUUUUUUUUUUAGAUUAUUAAAAUGGUCUUCUCACUACAAAAAAAAAUGGUUCUUUUAAAAACUAUUCCAUGAAAGGUUCUUUGGGGAACCAAAAAGAAUUCUUCUAUGGCAUCACUGCAAAAACUUAUUUUUGGAAAUCUUUAUUUUUAAGAGUGUAUAGUGUGUGAGGUCAAUCUGAAAUACUUAUAUCAGAGAAUGUGUGAAAGAGAGAGUGAGAUGACUUUUUGGUUUCUACGGGUCUGCUUUAUUGGUUUAGUAUAAGGACAAAAGACCCAUAUUUUUGCAAGGAGAUAAUAUGUUUGUGUAGAGUGAGAGAGAGAAAGUAAGAGAUACUGAAGGUCUUAAAAAGCAAAUUCCUAGACAAACAGUUAUUGCAAACACUAAUUUAAAAUCAUUUAGCACCAAACUCAGUAAAUUGUGUAUUUAUUGGUUUUCUGUGAAAUCUAGUCUUUUGGAAUCAUUGUAAAUAUUUCUCAAUGCAACUGAUCUCAUAAAAAUAAAGUGAAACAAUGCAUUUUGCAAUA